AUGCCAGUGUCAUUGCUCGCUAGAAGGCAGGGAGUGCAAGUGGAGUGUGGGCGUGCGCAGGACGAGGAGGUGAGCGCCGGGGGCGGCGAGCUCUGUGGACAAGGGCGCUCGCUCAGCAAGUUCGUCUCCCGCGGCAUCACCAAGAGCCGGGGCGGCACUUGGCAAACGUACGUCGCGAUGGGCGCCCCAAAAAGGCUCGCAGCGCUCGACCGGAAGACCGAGGCUGAGCACGCUCUCCGGCUACUCGUUCCGCCUCACCGCGCGGACGCGGACGGGGACGGCGACAUCCCGAGUAGCUGCCUGCAGGUGCCGGCGCCGUGCUGCAGUCUACACGGCAGCGAGGCGCAGCCGCCCGCGCAGCCUGUUGCCUGCCCGACCGCUCGCGCAUGGGCCGUGCGCGUCAAGGUGGGCGGCGCAAGCGGCGGAAGCGAGCCUGCCUCGCGACGGCUGCCCGGACGCCCGCCACAUCCUGAUUAUCCAACAAUACCUCAUAUUGAAGAUGAUUUGUUUUCAGGUAGCUAUGCUCAAAAGAAGCAGGCCAAGAAGUCGAACGUUUAG